AUGUGUAGGGUUAUGGGCGGCGACCUAGCUUUGCUCAAAGAAAUCGAACAGAACAACCUGACAUGGAGGUCGGUUGAGGGGGGCCCAGCCAUCCAACAGGCUUUAAUCGAGCCAAUCGAGUACCAACAUGUAGAGAAGUCAACCAGUGUAAAGGAGUGUUGGGUUCGAGACGCACUGGCUUCCCUCGUCGGAGGAGAACCCGAGGUAGAAACACCUGCGGGUAACAUCGACGUACUCAGUGGUACCGAAGUGAUCGAGGUAAAGUACUACAAACAGUGGAAGCAUGGACUAGGCCAAGUUCUUGCAUAUCAUUGCUUCCACCCUUCUCUGGCCAAACGUCUACAUCUCUUUGCACACGCCGGUGAAGUCGGUACGCAGAAAUAUUUUGAUUUGCUAAGUUGGUGUGCGACGCGCAUGCCGUAA